AUGUACUACUACUUCAUCGCACCACCCAUACCACGUCUACACUAUGACGCUCAGACCUUUUCCAUCCAAUUCGAAUCUGCAGGGGUCUACCACGUCGGUACGCCCACUGAGCAGAUGCUUGUCUCAUUCGAAGAACUUCUCGCCUUUCACGCGGGCAUCGUCGGUCUCCUCGAUUCCGGCCCAGUAUAUUACGUUAUCACCAACGGAGAGGAUGCAAUCCGUAUUACAGGACAGGAGCUGGGUUCUUCACUGUUCGGACGGGAGAUCAAGAAGCAGUGGGAUCGUGGAAUGGUAGAACCGGGAUGUUUAGGAGCCACAUUUCUGAUCCUGAAGGCCUUUGUGUACGGGGUGUGGAAUAAUUUGGCAUACUAUAAGCGGUGGAAGAAGGUUGCAGCCUUGUGA